UGAAGAAUAAAUAUUGAUUCGAUUCAAUUGUGUCUUAUGAUUUCGAAGACAGCCAUCAUCGUGUUGUGUCAUUGCUACACUCUUCUCUCAAAAAAUCAGAAUGGUUUAUCAACCAAGGGUGCUGGCGUAUAUUGAAGUAUAUUUAUGGUGGCAGGGAUUUGGUUUUGUGCUAUUUGUGAAGGCAUCAUCAGAGUGAAGUUGCUGAAUAUAUAUAUUAAGGUUUGUUAGUGCUAUUGAGAACCUGAGAUAAAUAAAUAAAGGAGCAGAAUGGGUAGUCCUCAGCUGCCAAAGAAAAGAGUGGCCUUUGUGUUGAUUGAUGGGUUGGGAGAUGUGUCACUGCCGAGGUUGGGAUACAAGACACCUCUUCAAGCAGCAAAGCUCCCCAAUUUGGAUGGCAUAGCAUCUGCUGGGGUUAAUGGAUUGAUGGACCCUGUUGAGGUUGGAUUAGCUUGUGGAAGUGAUACUGCUCAUCUUUCUUUGUUGGGUUAUGAUCCUCGAGUUUAUUAUCGUGGUCGAGGGGCGUUUGAAUCCAUGGGGGCUGGAUUGGCAAUGUUGCCGGGUGAUAUUGCUUUUAAGUCAAAUUUUGCAACUCUUGAUGAGAAAACUGGAAUCGUCACCAGUAGAAGAGCUGACAGGCACUUUGAAGAAGAAGGUCCCAUUCUAUGUGCUGCCCUUGACGGGAUGAAGCUUCCAUCGUUCCCUCAAUAUGAAGUGAGAGUCAGGUAUGCUACAGAACACAGAUGUGGAGUGGUUGUUAAAGGACCAAAUUUGAGUGGAAAUAUAUCUGGAACUGACCCGUUAAAGGAUAACCGCUUACUUUUGAAAGCAGAAGCUUUAGAUGAUUCUCAUGAAGCAAAGAACACUGCCACUGUUGUUAACGAGUUGUCCAAGGAAAUAACGAAAAUUUUGGUUUCUCAUCCUGUGAAUGCUAAACGUGUUGCAGAAGGGAAGAACGUUGCGAAUGUAGUCCUUUUAAGAGGAUGUGGAAUUCGAAUUGAGGUUACGCCAUUUGUAGAAAAACAUGGUUUGAUGCCAUGCAUGGUAGCUCCAACAAAAAUUAUUGCUGGCCUGGGCUUAUCACUUGGUAUUGAUAUCCUAGAAGCUCCUGGAGCAACUGGAGACUAUCGAACUCUACUAACUUCGAAAGCAACAGCAAUAGCUAAGGCACUCUCGGCUCCUUUGCAUUCUUGCCCCCAAGUUUUCGUACCUGGAGAGGAUGAGCAUAAAGCAGGCCGCCUAGAUGGUUAUGACUUUGGAUUCCUUCAUAUUAAGGCAAUAGAUGAUGCAGGUCAUGACAAAGCAAGCAUUCUCAAAGUUAAAGCAUUAGAAGCUGUUGAUACUGCUAUAGGGCAGUUAGCAAGAUUACUCUUGGAAGCAGAAUCAACCGGAAAGUUUCAGUUUUUUCUUUGCGUCACGGGAGACCACUCAACUCCAGUUGAAUACGGAGAUCAUAGCUUCGAACCAGUUCCAUUUGCUAUAUGUCGGUUGAAGGACUUCGUUGGCGCAAUCGGUGAAUCCGUUAUUCGAAGAAUUUCUCUCGAUCCAUUUCCUCUUCCAAGUGUUAAGUCUGGUGAAGACUUAACUUGGAAUUUGGAAACAGAAGAGAGAGAAGCCAAAUGCUCUCGAUCUUAUAGCGGCGACUCGGUACACGAGUUAAAUGAAAUCGCAGCUGCAAGGGGGUGUUUGGGGCGUUUCCCUGGUGCAGAAAUGAUGGGAGUUAUAAAGAAUUUCCUUAACCUAGAUGCAGAAACUAUUUAAAUAAGGAAUGUCAUCAUUGUUAUGGAGAUUUCCAUGUUAAAUGUUACAACUUUUCUCUUACUCUGAAAGGAAGUGAUAUGGGUGCAAAAAACAAAAUCAUAAAUCAAAAUUUAAGGUUUUGUACCAUUGCAAGUCUUUUCCACAAUUAACAGUGUAAACUCAGCUUAAAUAAAUUUAUAUUUGUUGUUUUCUUUAUUUA